AUGGCGGCUGCCCAGCUCUACUGUGUCUGCCGGCAGCCCUACGAUUUUAGCCUGUUUAUGAUCGAAUGCGACAUUUGUAAGGAUUGGUUCCACGGCAGUUGUGUUCGGAUAGUGGAGCACUAUGCUGCUGAUAUUGAUGUUUAUCACUGUCCCAACUGUGAGCCCAUCCAUGGACCCUCCCUGAUGAAAAAGCGUAAUAACUGGCACAGGCAUGACUACACAGAGCCAGAUGAUGGCAUGCGACCAGUGCAAGCAGGUACUGCUGUGUUUGUACAGGAACUCCAGGCCAGGAGCUUUGCCAGUGGCGAUGAGGUUGUGGUGCGGAUGCAGGGCAGUCAGGUGACCCAGGAUUACCUGGAGAGCCAUGGCUUCCAUUACCCCAUAGUGGUGCCUGAACUGGAUGGACUGGGGCUUAAACUCCCUCCCCCUUCUUUCUCUGUCAGAGAUGUGGAACGCUAUGUGGGUUCAGACAAAGUUAUUGAUGUGAUUGAUGUCGCAAGACAAGCCGACAGCAAGCUGAAUCUGGGAGAGUUUGUGAAGUAUUUCCAUCUACCCAAACGGCCCAAAGUGUUGAACUUGAUCAGCCUGGAGUUCUCAGAUACAAAAAUGUCUGAUUUGGUUGUGGUUCCUGAGAUAGCGCAGAAGAUGUCUUGGGUGGAGAACUACUGGCCUGAUGACUCUUUCUUCCCCAAACCGUUUGUGCAGAAGUACUGUCUCAUGGGGGUUAAAAACAGUUACACAGACUUCCAUAUCGACUUUGGAGGAACCUCAGUGUGGUAUCAUGUUCUGUGGGGAGAGAAGAUUUUUUACUUGAUCAAGCCGACAAAGGCUAACCUUGCACUAUAUGAGUCAUGGAGCUCAUCGCCAAAUCAGAGCGAAGUAUUCUUCGGGGAUAAAGUCGACAAGUGUUACAAAUGUGUGGUGAAGCAAGGAUCUACCGUCCUCCUUCCCACUGGUUGGAUCCAUGCAGUGCUCACCUCUCAGGACUCCAUGGCGUUUGGAGGGAACUUUUUGCAUAACUUAAACAUAGCAAUGCAGCUCAGGUGUUAUGAGAUGGAACGCAGACUGAAAACUCCAGAUCUCUUUAAGUUCCCGUAUUUUGAGGCCAUUUGCUGGUAUGUGGGCAAAAACCUUCUAGAGACCCUUAAAGAGCUGCGGGAACAUAAAUGUCCACCUCAAGGUUUUCUGGUGGAUGGGGUGAAAGCUUUAAUCUCAUCACUGAGGACAUGGCUGAGGAGAGAGUUGACUCAACCUAACAGUGAGGUUCCAGAUCAUAUCAGACCAACCCAUCUCAUUAAAGCUCUGACCAAGGAGAUCCGCCACUUGGAGGAGGAUCUGACUAAAUGUUUAAAAUCUCAGUGUAGUGCAGAGUGCCCUUUAUCACGCUCUUCGAUGGCGAAAGGAUGUCGGGCACGGCGACGGCAGCGAGAACAUCAUCGUCAUCGACACCACCACCAUCAUCUUCACCAUCACAGCCGUAAACUGCCGUCCAAUCUGGACAUCCUGGAGCUGCACACAAUGGAGGUGCUAAAGAGACUCGAGGUCGGACUGGUGGAGGAGGAUCCAGCUUUCAGCUCAAAAGUGAACGGCAAAUUUAAGAAGGUUUCUUUAGCAUCUGCAGUAGCUGCUGACGGUAGUAAUGACAACGCCCUGCGCCUGGUGAUGUGUAAUGGCAAAAUCAUGCGAGAGAGGAUGACCAUCAGUAAUGGAGCAGCCAAACUCAACGGAGUGGAAAUGUCUCAAUGCCAUCAACGUGAGGUGAAGAUGGAAAGACUGUUAAUGUGCCCACAACAAGAAGUAAAGAAAGAAAAGUCAGAGGAGGAGUUUGGAGUACACUGGACUAUCAAGAAACCAAUCAAUCACAGUGAAACUGUGCAGACAGUUCUCAGGACAGAGUCAUCACAACAUGCAUCAUCAUUAGACACUGACUCUGAAUCAGAAGCAGAGGAUUCUGCUGAGAAGCGCUCCUCGGAUUCCGAGAGUUCUGAGGAAGAGGAUCGAGGAAGACCGAGAGAUUCAGGGAGUUUUGUAGAGCAUUUGAGCGGCAAACGGCAUGACCACCAUAAGCAGCCUCUAAAACGAGAACGUCCUACCUCACCGAGCACAGAAGAGGCCAUUCAGGGCAUGUUGUCAAUGGCGGGCUUGCUGUAUCAGCAGGCAUCAGAAGAGAGCGCUGUUCUACGGCAGCCUUGGUGGUCCAGUCAGGGUAACAGUAAUAGCAACAGCAGCAGUGAUGCCUGGGACAGCAGCGAGCCCUGCUCAACACCCCGCAGCCCAGAGGGAGGGGAGGAGAGUAUUGAAGAGGUAUACUCGUACAGGGAAAGUUCACUGUCUCCUUCACUUCACCCCUCCAAAAGACAUGCACCCAACCCCACGCCCAUCAGCAACCAGGCCACUAAAGGAAAGCGUCCUAAGAAAGGACAGGUGACUGCUAAACAGAGGCUUGGGAAGAUACUGAAAAUGAGUUGCCAUAAAGGCCUAUUCCUGUAGCAUGAUGGAGGAAAGAAUGAGGCCAUGUGUAAUAAAUCAACACAGCUGCUUUUCUUUAUAGGCUGGGAUUAUUAUCACACUCAAACACACACAUUCUCUUACUGUGCAUGUUUAGGUGACAGGGUAUGUUUAAUGGCUCAAACUCACUUUUUCCACCAAUCACAUGGAACACAACACAUUGUCCAUCAAUGCAGGAAGACUGUUUUCCUUGGAAAACACGAACGGCCUAAAAUUUGAAGAGGAAGCACAGGAUAUCUCAUACACUGAUUUUUAUCACCAUAAGAGACGCUUGCUAGAGUUUGUUUGUGUUUCUACCGCCAGGAAAUUGAUCUACACAUGUGUCCCACCAGCGGGGCCUUUUUCUCCCCUACCUCCAAUCCCAUCUGUAGCAUGAGUGUACAGGUGCUCGCAGGCUAAGGAUGUCUUCUUAGUCCUCUAAGACCUGACGCUUGGACUGUUCCAUUAAUAUUUGGAUUCUUGAUUCCCCUUAAAAGGAUCCAAUAAUGAAAAUUCUGUCAUUUAUUCACCCACGUGGUGUUCCUCGAAAGAAAAUCAUGGGGUUUGGAAUGACACCAUUUUCUUAUUUUGGUGAACUAUCCCUUUUAGGCAUUACCAUAUCCACCUGUUUCUUUCCCCUUUGAUUGUCUCAGGCUGGUGUAAGAGGUUUUGAAAAGGUGCUGGACAUUUUAUGUCUUUCUCUAACCCCCCUGCCCCUUUAAGCAAUAAUUGUACUGCUAUGAUCAUUGAUGUGUCGAUAUUAAAUUGAUGAUUGAGUGGGCUGCACUUUUAGGAUGCAAAAUCCUUUCUAGAUGUGUACUGAAAAGCAUUGGCCACAACCAGACAGCCAUAAAACAAACAAAAUAAGAGUGUACAUUUUCUUGUAUUGCUAUACAAUUUUCCCUUGAUUUGACGGCGUUUAUCAACUUUAUUCCUUAGUGGUCUUAAAUGGACUAUUUUAACAUAAUGUACUGGGUUCAAAUUAAGCUAUAUAGACGUUAUAGUGAAUUAUAGCACCGUAUUUGAUAUACUUAUACCUACAGUCUCUUCAAUGGCACUCUCUGUAUAAAGCCGUGUAAUGCUUAAGAUCACAACUCAUGUUUUGGAAAGUUGCUUUGUCUACUGUUGGCAUCUCGUAUAUUACAGAAAAUACUUCUGACUCGCUCCUUACAUUGUAAGAACAAAAAACAUGUUGACAGACGUUGACGCACUUACAAUGGCAGUCUAUGGACCAACUAUUGUAUGGUAUUGCAAGUGAGUUUAUCGACAGCAUGCCAAAGAUGCUGUCGAAGAACCUUAAGAACAUUAACCCGGAAUAUAUUCCUUUUCAUCAAGGGAAAAUUGUAGAAAAUGUCCCAAACAUGGUGAAAAACUUGCUUGUCUGUUGCAUCUUAAAGAGCUGCCUGUGAAAUAAUACUGUAUGUGAUGUAGUUUGCAAGGACUGAAUAGGCUUGCUAUGUGUUCAGCCUGCAUAAUUUAUAUUGUUCUAUUUAGUUUUUUGCAGAUGUCAUAUUUUUGUUUACUGGAUAACUUAUUUAUUGAUUUCUAAGAUAUAAGGAGUUCUAUUGCAUUCCGAGGUUCCUGUUUUUUCUUUGCAUUGAUUUAUUUCUGUAAAUGGAGUUAAAUUUUGAAUGCUAUCAAUUCAAGAGGAAUGAGGUUAGAUUAGGUUCAGCAUUACAAGUUUUGUAGAAACACAAUUAAUGCUAUUUGAUUUCCUGUCAAAUUUACCUCUACAAUGUUAGUGAAAAAUGUGUUUCUUUACAGUGUUGUCUUUAUGAUUUUUGGAAACGGGAGAAAAUAAUUCCAGUAGGAACAAAACAUUUUGUGGUGUUGUGUGGGAAUUUCUUGGAGAGGCUACGAUUCGUUUUCUCAGGGAACAUCUGAUAAGUGACAUCUUUAAAUUCAUCACCAGCACUGUCAUACAAUCUCUCAAUGACUCAAUGUAUUUAUUUUCACGAAUAUGCCAACCAAGUACAUAUACUCCAAUUUAUUUAUUUUGUCUGUUGGUUUUAAAUCCUGAAAUCAGAAAACACACACACAAAAAAAAAAACAUUUCUCCCAAUGUACAGUUUAUCAAAAGUAAUCUUGAGAGUGUGAGACUUUGAACAGCACCAACAGUUUUAUAAGUGUGUUGGUUUAAAAAGGAAAUGCACUAUUUUGUGCAGGACUUGAGUUUGAUAACUACAGACACUCAGGCUUUGAUACAGUUUGAGUUUGCCAUCUGCAUGUGUUUGUUGUAUUGCUUUAAAAUGUUCCUUUAUCUGGUCCCACUCAUGAACGUUAAUGCAGACAGACACCCUUAUACAACAUCUCUUAAGGAAAACAGCUCAUCUCAGUCAUGUUUGAUUGAAGGAGUUGGUCUUCAGACAGGUUUUCUUUGUGUUGAUGCAAUUAAUUGUACAGUAUUUAAGUUCCAGUUAAUGUCCAUUUUUAACUAUGAUAGAGGCUUAAUGUCACUGUGUUUUCAAAUACUGUGUUCUGUUCCUCCCCAAGU